AUGGCCUUUGAAUAUUCUUCAUCCUACUCCUUACUCUCUCGACUCUUUAUCACUCCUUACUACUUCAUAUUUCUCCUCGUCCUUCUGUACUCAAUAUCAUCAUUCCAUGUCACUUCUAUAUCUGCCUCUACACCUACCACUUCUCUUUCAAAAGUUGAACAAGAUCAAGAAAGACUCGCUCUUCUAACAUGGAAAGCCAGUCUUGAUAAUCAAACCCAAUCUUUCCUCUCUUCUUGGUCUGGACGCAAUUCUUGCCAUCAUUGGUUUGGAGUAGCUUGUCACAAGUCAGGAAGUGUCUCCAAUUUAGAACUUGACAAUUGCGGUUUGAGAGGUACACUCCACAAUCUCAAUUUCUCAUCACUCCCUAACCUUCUCACUCUUAAUCUUUAUAACAACUCCCUUUAUGGAACCAUUCCAAUCAACAUUGGUAAUCUUUCCAAACGAAUCACAAAUCUUAACUUUGCUUUCAAUCAUUUCACUGGUGUAAUAUCUCCCCAACUUGGAUUUCUAACAUCUCUUAGUGUUCUAGCAUUGUCUUCUAAUAAUUUUAAAGGCCCAAUUCCUCCUUCCAUAGGUAAUUUAAGAAACUUAACUACUUUGUAUCUUUUUGAGAAUGAGCUUUCUGGUUCCAUCCCUCAAGAAAUUGGAUUGUUAAGAUCUCUUAAUGAUCUUCAAUUGUCAACUAACAAUCUUAUUGGUCCAAUCCCUCAUUCCAUAGGAAACUUGAGGAACUUAACCACUUUGCAUUUUUUUAAGAACAAGCUUUCUGGUUCCAUUCCUCAAGAAAUUGGAUUGUUAAGAUCUCUUAAUGAUCUUCAAUUGUCAACUAACAAUCUCAUUGGUCCAAUUCCUCCUUCCAUAGGAAACCUGAGGAACUUAACCACUUUGCAUCUUUCCAAGAACAAGCUUUCUGGUUUCAUCCCCCAAGAAAUUGGAUUGUUAAGAUCUCUUAAUGAUCUUCAAUUGUCAACUAACAAUCUCAUUGGUCCAAUCCCUCCUUGCAUAGGUAACUUGAGGAACUUAACCACUUUAUACCUUCAUACAAACAAACUAUCUGGUUCUAUUCCUCAAGAAAUUGGAUUGUUGACAUCACUUAAUGAUCUUGAGUUGGAAACUAAUAGUCUUACUGGUCCGAUCCCUUCAUCCAUUGGAAACUUGAGAAAUUUAACCACUUUAUAUCUUUUUGAGAACGAGCUUUCUGAUUUCAUCCCUCAAGAAAUUGGAUUGUUAAGAUCUCUUAAUGAUCUUGAAUUGUCAACUAACAAUCUCAGUGGUCCAAUCCCUCCUUCCAUAGGAAACCUGAGGAACUUAACCACUUUGCAUCUUUUUGAGAACAAGCUUUCUGGUUUCAUCCCUCAAGAGAUUGGAUUGUUGACAUCACUUAAUGAUCUUGAGUUGUCAAUGAACAAUCUCACUGGUCCAAUCCCUCCUUCCAUAGGUAACUUGAGGAACUUAACCACUUUGUACCUUCAUACAAACAAACUAUCUGGUUCUAUUCCUCAAGAGAUUGGAUUGUUGACAUCACUUAAUGAUCUUCAGUUGGCAACUAAUAGUCUCACUGGUCCGAUCCCUCCAUCCAUUGGAAACUUGAGAAAUUUAACCACUUUAUAUCUUUUUGAGAACGAGCUUUCUGGUUUCAUCCCUCAAGAAAUUGGAUUGUUAAGAUCUCUUAAUGAUCUUGAAUUGUCAACUAACAAUCUCAGUGGUCCAAUCCCUCCUUCCAUAGGAAACCUGAGGAACUUAACCACUUUGCAUCUUUUUGAGAACAAGCUUUCUGGUUUCAUCCCUCAAGAGAUUGGAUUGUUGACAUCACUUAAUGAUCUUGAGUUGUCAAUGAACAAUCUCACUGGUCCAAUCCCUCCUUCCAUAGGUAACUUGAGGAACUUAACCACUUUGUACCUUCAUACAAACAAACUAUCUGGUUCUAUUCCUCAAGAGAUUGGAUUGUUGACAUCACUUAAUGAUCUUCAGUUGGCAACUAAUAGUCUCACUGGUCCGAUCCCUCCAUCCAUUGGAAACUUGAGAAAUUUAACCACUUUAUAUCUUUUUGAGAACGAGCUUUCUGGUUUCAUCCCUCAAGAAAUUGGAUUGUUAAGAUCUCUUAAUGAUCUUGAAUUGUCAACUAACAAUCUCAGUGGUCCAAUCCCUCCUUCCAUAGGAAACCUGAGGAACUUAACCACUUUGCAUCUUUUUGAGAACAAGCUUUCUGGUUUCAUCCCUCAAGAGAUUGGAUUGUUGACAUCACUUAAUGAUCUUGAGUUGUCAAUGAACAAUCUCACUGGUCCAAUCCCUCCUUCCAUAGGUAACUUGAGGAACUUAACCACUUUGUACCUUCAUACAAACAAACUAUCUGGUUCUAUUCCUCAAGAGAUUGGAUUGUUGACAUCACUUAAUGAUCUUCAGUUGGAAACUAAUAGUCUCACUGGUUCAAUCCCUCCAUCCAUUGGAAACUUAAGAAAUUUAACCACUUUAUAUCUUUUUGAGAACAAGCUUUCUGGUUCCAUCCCUCAAGAAAUUGGAUUGUUGAGAUCACUUAAUAGUCUUGACUUGGCAACUAAUAGUCUCACUGGUCCGAUCCCUCCAUCCAUUGGAAACUUGAGAAAUUUAACCACUUUAUAUCUUUUUGAGAACGAGCUUUCUGGUUUCAUCCCUCAAGAAAUUGGAUUGUUAAGAUCUCUUAAUGAUCUUGAAUUUUUAACCUUUUUGUUCCUUGAUCACAACGAGCUUAGUGGUGUUAUUCCUCUUGAAAUGAAUAAUAUCACUCAUUUGAAAUCUUUACAGUUAGUUGAGAAUAACUUCAUUGGCCAACUACCACAAGAGAUAUGCCUUGGUAGUGUUCUUGAAAACUUUACAGCCUUUGGAAACCAUUUCACUGGUCCUAUUCCGAAAGGCUUGAAAAAUUGCACUAGCUUAUUCAGAGUUAGGCUUGAAAGAAACCAACUGACAGGGGACCUAGCCGAAAGUUUUGGUGUGUACCCGACCCUAAAUUAUAUUGAUCUAAGCAGCAACAAUUUUUAUGGUGAGCUUUCUGAGAAAUGGGGGCAGUGCCACAGGCUCACAAACCUGAACAUCUCCAACAACAAUAUUUCUGGUGCUAUACCCCCUCAACUUGGGAAAGCAAUUCAGCUGCAACAACUUGAUCUCUCCGCCAAUCAUCUAAGUGGGAAGAUCCCGAAAGAGUUGGGUAUGUUGCCAUUAUUAUUCAAAUUGUUGUUAGGAAACAACAAUAUUUCUGGCAGUAUUCCUUUGGAAUUGGGAAACUUAUCCAAUCUUGAAAUUCUUGACUUGGCAUCAAACAACUUAAGCGGUCCAAUUCCCAAGCAACUGGGAAACUUCUGGAAAUUAUGGUCCUUGAACUUGAGCGAGAAUAGAUUUGUGGAUAGCAUUCCUGACGAAAUUGGAAAGAUGCAUCAUCUUCAAAGUCUCGAUCUUAGUCAAAAUAUGUUGACAGGAGAGAUGCCACCGCUGCUUGGAGAAUUACAGAACCUGGAAACGUUGAAUCUCUCCCACAACGGGCUAUCUGGCACCAUCCCACACACAUUUGAUGAUUUGAGAAGUUUGACAGUUGCUGAUAUAUCCUACAAUCAGUUGGAAGGUCCUCUCCCCAACAUCAAAGCCUUUGCUCUAUUUGAGGCAUUCAAAAAUAAUAAAGGUCUGUGUGGUAAUAAUGUCACUCAUCUCAAGCCAUGCAAUGCUAGUCGAAAGAAGGCCAACAAGUUUUCUGUUUUGAUCGUAAUACUCCUACUUGUGAGCAGUCUAUUGUUCUUACUUGCUUUUGUUAUUGGCAUUUUUUUUCUUUUCCAAAAAUUGAGGAAGAGAAAAACCAAGUCUCCAGAAGCAGAUGUUGAAGAUCUAUUUGCAAUAUGGGGCCAUGAUGGGGAAUUGUUGUAUGAGCACAUCAUACAGGGGACCGACAAUUUCAGUUCGAAACAGUGUAUUGGCACUGGAGGAUAUGGCACUGUUUACAAGGCUGAGUUGCCAACAGGUCGGGUUGUUGCUGUGAAAAAGCUUCACUCAUCAGAAGAUGGAGAUAUGGCUGAUUUGAAAGCUUUCAAAAGCGAGAUUCAUGCUUUAACACAGAUAAGGCACCGCAACAUCGUCAAGCUUUAUGGCUUCAGUUCAUUUGCAAAGAACUCAUUUUUGGUUAUGAGUUUUGGAAAAGGGAGUUUGCAAAACAUUCUAUGCAACGACGAAGAAGCAGAAAGAUUAGAUUGGACUGUGAGGCUAAACGUUAUUAAAGGCGUGGCUAAAGCUUUAUCGUAUAUGCACCAUGAUUGCUCACCUCCUGUAAUUCAUCGAGACAUAUCAAGCAACAAUGUUUUGUUAGAUUCAGAAUAUGAAGCUCAUGUAUCUGACUUCGGCACGGCUAGGCUUUUAAAGUCAGACUCAUCUAAUUGGACUUCAUUUGCAGGAACUUUUGGUUAUACAGCUCCAGAACUUGCUUACACAAUGAAGGUGGAUAAUAAAACCGAUGUUUAUAGCUUCGGUGUUGUGACAUUAGAAGUAAUUAUGGGAAGGCAUCCCGGAGAGCUUAUCUCAUCCCUGUUAUCAUCAGCGUCCUCCUCAUCUGCAUCACCAUCAACGGUCGGCCAUUUCCUGCUGAAUGAUGUGAUAGACCAGCGCCCCUCACCUCCUGUGAAUCAAGUGGCAGAGGAAGUAGUGGUUGCAGUGAAGUUGGCAUCUGCAUGUUUGUGUGUUAAUCCCCAAUCUCGGCCAACUAUGCAACAAGUUGCUCGAGCACUCUCAACACAGUGGCCACCAUUGCCAAAACCGUUUUCUCUGAUUACGUUGGGUGAGCUGCUGGGUCAUGGUCAUGGGGAUGAAACUAGCUGAGGGUUCUCACUUCUCCAUGUAAAUUUGUUAUCGAUUGAUUAUUACUGAAAAAUGUAAAAGCAAGAAGGCAUACUGUUAUGACAUCCAUGAGGUUAUUCAGAAGCAUGAUCUGCCACCAUGUGAUGUCCUUGCAACCUUUGGAAUAUAUUUUCCUUCGAAGGCCCUCA